UUCUUCACCAGAAUAUCUGUAUAUAUAUAGUUACCCAUAUGCCUUCUAGUUAUCUUCAUCAUUGGUAUUUAUUUCAUCCCAAGUAUGCAAAUUAAUUAGAGUAACAUACAUUCUUUCAUUUAAUUUGCACCAACUCUAGAAUAUUAUGGCUUUCAAGAGAUUCUUGAAAGCUACCUUACCUAAUUGCUUCAAAGUUAAGAUUGUUCAUGCAAUUGAUCCUUCAGAGAACAACAAAAAAACUGUUUCUAUUAAACAUGGUACUAAUUGUGGUCAUUCAAGGCUAGCUCUUUCAGAUAUAAGUGAUCCAGAAUCAUCAUUUUCUAUGAGUGAUCUCUCUUCAAAUGCCAUUAUUGGAUCCAACCUUCAUAUUUUCACACAUGCUCAACUCAAAGUCAUUACAAGUAACUUCUCAUCCUAUAAUUUUCUUGGAGAAGGUGGGUUUGGACCUGUUUACAAGGGGUUCAUUGAUGAUAAAAUUGAGCCUGGUUUAGAAGCUCAACCUGUUGCUGUUAAGUUGCUGGACUUGGAAGGUGAUCAGGGCCACAUGGAAUGGCUGACAGAAGUAGUGUUACUUGGGCAAUUGAGGCAUCCAAAUCUAGUAAAGUUGAUUGGACAUUGCUGGGAGGAUGAGCAAAGGCUUCUUGUUUACGAGUACAUGGCAAGGGGCAAUCUAGAGAACCAGUUAUUUAGCAGAUGUUCGAGUAGCUUGCCAUGGCUGACCAGAAUGAAAAUUGCAGUUGAUGCUGCAAAGGCGCUAGCUUUUCUGCAUGGGGAAGAAAAACCAGUAAUCUACCGAGACUUUAAGACUUCUAAUAUCCUCUUGGACUCGGAUUAUACGGCUAAGCUUUCUGAUUUUGGACUAGCAAAGGAUGGUCCGGAAGGUAGUGAUUCACAUGUCACAACUCCUGUUAUGGGUACAUAUGGCUAUGCUGCUCCUGAGUACAUGAUGAGAGGUUAUUUGACUACUAGGAGCGAUGUUUACAGUUUUGGAGUUGUCUUGUUAGAACUACUAACAGGACGACAAGCCAUUGACAAGAAUCGUCCUUGUAGGGAGAAAAACUUGGUGAAAUGGGCCAGGCCCCUCCUCCGGGAUUCACACAAGCUCGACGGGAUAAUGGACCCGCGACUUGAAGGCCAGUACUCCACCAAAGGAGCCAAAAAGGUGGCUGCAUUGGCUUAUAAAUGCUUGAGCCAGAAGCCUAAAUCUAGACCUACCAUGAUCAAUGUGGUCAAGAUCUUGGAACCUGUCUUGGACUUAAAAGAUAUACCAAUUGGCCCAUUUGUUUAUGUGGUUCCCUCAUUUGAAUGUCAGAGUGGAUUGGAUAGUUGUGGUUUGAAGACAAAGGGGACCGAAGAAAAAGUUGAGAAACAAAAUAAGGAUCGCAUAAUAAGUGAUCAAGAUGACAAAGGAAAUGCAAGAGAAAAGAGACUUGGCCACAUGCAUAAGAAUCAACUAAAGUCUGCUACUAUUUACACGGAUACUCAUUUGCAUAGGACUUUGAGGAAAGAAUUGAGAUAAUCCAAGUUAAAAUUUAAAAUUAAAAGAAAAACAUGGGAAUUACAAGAGACAAAGAAAAAUCACAACCACCAUCUAUCAAGGUUGUGGUGGAGUUGUAAAGGUUCCUCCGCUGUUAAAUUGGGGUUUGGGGGACCAGUUUUGAAAUGAUUUUAUUAUUUUUGGUAGGGAGUACUAAAACCUCCAUAAUAGGCUUUCAAGAAAUCCUAAUUAGUUGACUCAGUGAAUUUCGUGACAGAUAACACAUUGUUAGUGAUGUGUGUGUUGAUGUAUAUUUUUUUGUUUGUUAAUUUGAAGAAAUUUGAGUUCAAAUAAUCCAAGUAGAAAUAGGGGUGAAAAAAACUAGAAAUUACAAGAGACAAGUAUGAGCCCGUUUGGAUUGGCUUAUGAGUUGCCUAUAAGCUGUUUUCAGCUUUUUUGAGUAUUUGACUGGCCAGCUUAAAGUCAUUUUGUGCUUAAAAUAAGCCCAAAAAAUUAAUUGGACCCGUUUGACUUAGCUUAUCUAAAGCAUCUUAUAAGCUGAAAACAGCUUAUAAGCAAAAAAAAAUAAGUUGGACUACCCCAACUUAUUUUUUUUAGCUUAUAAGCUGUUUUUUUUUAAGCCCAUCCAAGCAGGCUCUAUAUCAGGGUUGUGGUGGGAUGGUAAAGUUUUUUCCACCCUUGGACUUGGACUCGGUAAUAAUCUAUCAUUAAUUUCUACCUUGAAAAAUUUAUAUCUGUUUAACAUCCUUUUUAUCUAAAACAUAGUAACUUACAAGAAUAUAAAAUUUAAAUUUGAAAUAUCAGGAUUAUACAACUAUCCUAUAUCAGGGUUUUGGUGGAAUGGUAAAGGUUUUUUCAACCUUGAUUUGUUGUUCUCGUUAUAGGAAUGAAGUUCUCUUUGGUAUGGAGCACUAAAAAAACUCCCACAGUACACUUUUACGAUAGAAAUUUGGAUUAGCAGAGCUAGAGGAUUUCGAAUAUCA